AUUACAGAAAGGAAUCUAAAAAAAUGAAAAAAUGAAUAUAAAAUACGCACUUCUACUUCAAUUUGUGAUCGUGAAUGUACAAGUUUAUUGUUUUAGUGUUGGAACCAAAAGUAGUUUGCCCUUAUUAUCUAUAGAUCCAAAAGCAAGGACGUUGAUAAAUCAAACAGACAAUACGACGCGAAGGUACCUUCCCUUUAUAAUGCUGAUAGAGCGAGAGCAAGACACGAGUGAAUAUUGGCGGGAAACAGAGAUAUUGACACUUGUCCGCCAUGACGAAGAGGGCAUAGACUACGAGAAGUGCGAGCAAAACGCACCAGAGGUCAGCGCCUUGCGUUUGCCAGCCAGGAGAACUGUCAGGCCGAUUUGCAGAACUGCUUAUGAUUAUCAACUUUGUCCGCAAUGUCCACGCUUCAGUAACCGCACAGAAUGUGAGCUUUUUAAGGACUCUUGCAAAGAGAGGACGGUAAUGCCGAGCGAGUACCGUACAUACUGUGACCAGAAGUACGGCAAAUGGCGCACCAUGUUCCUGCCAGCUGACUACUCACAAUGCAGAUGCUGUGACGAGUGUAUAUUUUACAGAGAAUUAGAUCAAUCGUGUAUGGAAGACGAAUAUAAUUUCGACACUGAAGAAUUUUUACCAGUCACCACUGUUGAUUUCAGAGCAGGCUGCAAUCCUUAUUGGGGUCAUCCUGAACAAGAAGUGAAGGCGUUACGAUGCGAUCCCGUCUUACGCAGAUGUGUUCCAGUGACAAUACCAGUGCUACCCAAAGAUACUUUAAGCGUUCGUCGUAGUUUUCGUUACGAGCUACCGACUGUCGAGGAGUGUCCAGUGUCCUGUCGCGGCUAUGAUUGUCAAUCUCUAGUGCAUGAAGAUCAGUGCCCGCAGGGUGCCUUCCUGCCCGACAAGGACUACUGCAACUGUUGCGGACGAUGCAGCACUUUUUUCCAAUUGAAUCAAAAAUGUGCCGAAUUCAAGAAAACUAUACAUAAACUGAACGAAAGUGAAGAAAUUGAAAUAGAAGAAGAGUUCCUGGAGCCGGGCUGUGACGACGGGCUGGUAUGUCGACAAGGCAUCUGUCAAGACACGCACACGCUCAUGUCGCGGAGUAUGCAGCGUUUGAAGAGAGAACAGCUGCCGUUCGGUGCUUUAGAGCCGUGUAAGCAAGAGAUGAAGUAUUUCAAAAAGAAGUACGGUGUGAACGGUCAUCUACAUCACGAAGCACCACAGUGCACACCGCUUUGGUUGUAUGCACCAGUACAGUGUCGUCGAUUUGUCUGCUACUGCGCUCUAGAAGAUGGAAGCAGAAUAGAAGGGAUAAAAGUACCCAGAGUUGAAGUCUCUAAUAUGAACUGUGAUUGCGCUCGUGAGAAGUGUCGCACUGCAUCUGACUUAGAAUGCGAUGGCUACGGUAACUACAAGGAGGCGGUGUUCAUGCCGCACGUCGAGCAAUGGCCUGAACAAGAGGAGAUAUUGGCGAAAUGAAAGAUUCAACUGUGAUAGGUAAUAUCAAAUCUGAGGAGCCCUUGGUGAAAACAGUCUAAAUAUAUACAAUAUUUAGUACAUUAACAAGGCAAUUGAUACGUCUUUAA